AUGCUCGAACCACAAAUAUAUAAACUAUCUGUUGGACAGGCCUUUGAUGGCCUGAGCGACAGCGAAAAGCACUAUGCACAUUACAUGGCUCGAGCUGCAUGGAGCGGCACGAGAAUCAUCCUUCGACAGGUAUCUCCAGAAGCGAAUGAUAUCUUUGACUUCAUCAUCGCCUUGUCUCAUACAUGUGGUGGGGAUUGGGAAAAGCUUGCAACGGAGACACAGGUUGAUUCCGAUGAAGUUGAGAGAUUUCUAAACUACGCUGCCAUGUUCUUAUCAAAUGUUGGGAAUUAUUUCAUCUUACCGGGAAUAUCUAAAGAGAGUCUCAUAAAGCUAGCCUCGGUCUCGGGAGCCACCAUUGAUAUAUUCAAUCGUAUUAAGGAGCCGAUGUAUGCGGAGACGCCUAGUAGCUUAGGUGCCCCUGGCCCCUAUACGCAAACUGCCUAUUAUCUCGGAGACGGUUGCCUGGCAUCUCGGGAGGAUGUCAGCGCUAUAUCAGACAUUAUAGAAGAGAACGCGAUACUGCCGGAGAAUACCCGCCUGAGAAGAUGUGAUAAUGGUGGGAAGCCCAGUUACGAAAUUCUGCAAGCAUCAGUAGAGGGGAAUGAGUAUGUCGUCGGGACCAGGGGUAAGACUUCAAAGAUUAGCCAAGUCCGAAUAGUGAAAGGCGACCACAAAGAGGAACUCGAGCAAGUGUGCCAUAACUUGCAAGAAGCCCUUGAAUAUACCUCGAACCCUACUCAACGGCUGAUGCUGGAAAGGAUACAUGGGAGCUUCCUAACUGGUGACCUGAGAGACUAUAAAGACGGCCAAAAGAUCUGGGUUACUGAUACAGCACCUGCUGUUGAAACCGUUAUUGGGUUUGUCGAACCGUACAGAGACCCUUUGGGUGUUCGUGCGGAGUUUGAGGGAAUCGUUGGUAUAGCGGAUACUGCAGAAACGAGUCGGUUACAGCGCCUCGCGGGCAUAGCCGAUGGUCUUGUUUGCAGGUUACCGUGGGUAAAGGAUCAUGGGACAUCCAAAGGACCCUUUGAGAAAAAUAUGUUUGAACCACCCGAUUUUUCAAGCGUUCAAAGUCUUGCCUAUUGCUCGAGUAUAGUUUUUCCGGGCAUCAAUCUUCCCAAUUAUAACGAUAUCCGACAAGAAACAGGGUACAAGAACAUCAUAUUCUCGAACCGCAUGGUAUCUGAAAGCAGCCGGGCAAGAGGUCUACAUAUGGUCGACCCAAUCGAGCAGGAGACCUUCAAACAGCACAGAUUUCAUUCAUACUAUAUCUGGGUGGUUCUACAUGAGAUACUGGGGCAUGGAACCGGGAGAUUCCUAAGCGAAUUAUCCCCCAACAACUUCAAUUUCGACCCACAGAGCCCACCCAUAAAUCUUUUGACCGGGAAGCCAGUCAACAGCUGGUAUCGUCCAGGCCAGACAUGGACCAGCGUUUUUGGGAACCUUGCAACCACGGUGGAUGAAUGCAGGGCAGAGCUUGUUGGCGCGUAUCUGAUUGACGAGCCUGAGAUCUUGAGGCUAUUUGGAUAUGAUGAAAGCAGUGAAGUCAGGGCUGAUGAUAUCAUAUAUAACAUGUAUUUGCAACUCGGUGUAGACGGGCUCCGGGGCCUUGAGAACUAUGAGCCCAUCACGAAGGAAUGGGGGCAGGCGCAUAGUCGAGCCCACUACGCAAUGCUCCGACAUCUCCUUUGCGACAGUGACGGGCUGUACACGAUUCAACUUGACCUCGAAAAUAAUCGACUGACAGUCAGAGUUGACCGUUCUCAGGUUCUCCAAAAAGGCAAACCGUCACUGGGCCGGAUGCUUUUGCAACUGCAUAUAUACCGGUGCACCGCAGACAAGGACAAUUGUCGAGAAUUCUACGAGAAUCUUUCGCAGGUCGACGACGAGGCACUGAAGUGGAGGGAAGUAGUUGUUUCCAAAAAAGAUCCCUCGUUGGUAUUUUGCCAUGCGAAUACGUUUCUGGAAAAGGAUGAGGACAACGUUAAGCUGAAGGAAUACGAACCGACUAGUCGUGGGGUUAUUCAAAGCUGGGUUGAAAGAGAUAUCGAUGAUGCUCUAUAG